AUGAACACUAAGUUGAAGAGAAACUUUACACAACAAGAGGUGGAAGAGGCGAUAUUCAACAUGAACCCUUUUAGCUCGCCUGGACCAGACAGGUUCCCCCCGGCAUUCUAUCAAAAUCAUUGGUCUCUUGUUGGGAAAGAGGAAAACCCCUUAACAGUCUCAGACUACCGCCCCAUUAGUCUCUGUAAUGUUAUCUAUAAAAUGGUAUCCAAGGCAAUUGCAAAUAGACUGAAAUCAAUUUUGCCAGAUAUCAUAUCAAGCACACAAUCGGCUUUUGUCCCAGGUAGACUGAUAUCAGAUAACCUUAUUGUUGCCUUCGAAGCCUUACACACAAUGCACAGCAGGUUAGGAGGAAAGGAAGGGUUCAUGGCUCUCAAGCUCGACAUGAGCAAAGCAUACGAUCAGAUUGAGUGGCAGUUCCUCAAAGAAGUUAUGCUCAAGAUGGGGUUUGCUACAGAAUGGGUACAACUGAAUGCUGAAAGAACCAAGGCUAUCACAGGGAUACCGAUAGCUCGAAGGAGAGUUACUAUCAACCACCUGCUGUUCGCCGACGACAGCCUCUUGUUUUGCAAGGCAAACUCUCUGGAAUGGAGCAGGAUGUUACACGUUCUUAGCACCUAUGAAAAAGCUUCUGGCCAAAGACUCAACAAAGACAAGACCGCAAUUCAUUUCAGCAGAAAUACCUCACAGGAAAACAAGGACUUGAUUUUGAGUAUAGCAGGGGUACGUUCAGCUCAAUCUUAUGAAAGAUACUUGGGCCUUCCAGCAUCAAUGGGUAAAUCAAGAACUAAAUCCUUCAAGUUAAUACUGGACAAGAUUAGAAUGAAAAUCAGCAGCCUCAAAGUUCGGUUACUCUCACAAGCAGGCAAGGAAAUUUUUAUAAAAUUAGUUCUCCAAGCAAUGCCAACGUAUAGCAUGGCAGUUUUUAACCUCCCGGGAUCCCUUCUAAAGGAAAUUAAUAAGCUGCUGAGCAAUUUUUGGUGGGGGCAGGUCGAGCAAGAAAGAAAGAUCCAUUGGACCUCAUGGAAGAACAUGGGGAGGGCAAAAGCAAUAGGGGGAAUGGGCUUUCGAGAACUCCAUUCUUUCAAUCUUGCAAUGCUUCCUAAGCAAGCUUGGAGGUUAAUCCAUUACCCUCAAGCACUUGUAUCCAAAGUCCUAAAAGCAAAAUAUUUCCCCCACGGGCAGUUUUUGAAUGCCAAGCUAGGACACAAACCCUCUUAUAUCUGGAGAAGCAUAAUGGCAGCUAGAGAUGUGAUAGUUAAAGGGACUAGAUGGAGAGUUGGUAACGGAGCAAGUAUAAACAUUCUCCAAGAUAAAUGGAUCCCGAGGCCUACAACAUUCAGAGUUCAAGCCACUUGCCCCAGCAUAAGCAUAGGAGAUAAGGAAGAAGCAGAAAUCAUCCAACAGAUUCCUCUCAGUCCUUCUAACUGUGAGGAUAAACUGAUUUGGUUGGGAACUCCUCAAGGCAUUAACUUUGUCAAAAGUGCAUAUCAUAUGCUUAGGGAGAUGGAGGCACUGGAAAAAGGCCAAGGGUCGAAUAGUUCUCAUAGGGACCAGUUCUGGAAAAGGCUAUGGAAGUUAAGAAUUACCCCAACUGCAAAGAAUUUUAUGUGGAGGGAUCUGGUAGAAGAGUUAGCCAUGGUUGCAAAAAGAAUAUGGAUGAGAAGGAAUGAAUUUGUGUUUAAGCAGGAAUUUAAGAGCCCAAAUUCUUUAGCAGAGCUGGCUAUUUCUGAUUUAAGAGAUAUGAGGAAGAUGCAAAUGAAAAACUCAACAAGAGAUCAAAGAUUGCAUAACCAGAAUGUUAACUGGAAUCAUACGGGGAGUGUGGUGGCAACCUCAAGACUUAAUAGACCACUCUAUCCGGAUCCUGCACUAGCAGAAGCUAUAGGUGCUUUGGAAGCCACCAGACUUUGUCACCACUUGGGCCUCACGAAUAUUAUCCUGGAAGGGGAUGCGCUUCAAGUGAUUCAAGCGAUCAAUAGCAGGAGCGAGAAUUGGUCUUCAACUGGGAUGAUUAUGGAAGAUGUAAAGGGUCAACUGAGCACUUUUGAGAGCUGGUCUGCAAUACACAUACGUAGAGAGGGAAACAAGGCAGCACAUGAGCUGGCCAGGAAUGCACUUGUAACAUCUACGUCUUCCUUAGAUGUAGACUGUAUUCCCUCUUGUAUAAUCAACUUCAUUUAA